AUGGGUGACGCUACCGAUAACAGUGGGGAUAUUGCUGUAGGCAGAUAUCUCUUUGAGAGAAUCAAACAGCUUGGUGUGAAAUCUGUUUUCGGGGUUCCCGGUGACUAUGAACUCGUGCUACUUGAUAUGGUGCCCGAAACAGGUCUCACAUGGAGAGGCAGUCCGAAUGAGCUGAAUGCAAGCUAUGCAGCCGAUGGUUAUGCUCGUACUAAUGGUUAUUCCGCAUUCAUAUCUACCUUUGGACCAGGAGAGUUGUCAGCGUACUGCGGAGUUGGCGGAUCCUAUACCGAAUAUGUCCCCUCGGUUCACAUCGUCGGCUACCCACCAUCCCGCGCAAUGAACGAUCAUCUUAUUAUGCAUCAUAGUUUGGGUGAUGGUCAGUUUGGUAUGUACCACGAAAUGAGCAAACACAUCAGCGUGGCUACCACUGUUAUCACCUCCACGUUGAAUGCAGCCGCGGAGAUUGACCGUGUCUUGAAUGCCAUGAUUCACUAUUCUCGACCGGUCUACAUAGGGCUUGCCGUCGAUAUUGGUCCACAGAAGGUCUCAUCCGCCGGGCUCCAAACGCCGCUUUGCCUCGAGCAGCCGAAAAAUGACCCCGAGUUGCAAGAGUUUGUGGUUAAGAAAAUCGUUGACGCCGUUCGCAAGGUGGACAAAGCUGUUGUUAUUGUGGAUGGUCUGGCGAUUCGCAACCGCCUCGUUACCGAAACGGAGGCGCUUGUCAAAGCUGCCGGGGUUCUUUAUUUCACGACCUUCAUGAGCAAGGGGUUUACCGAAUCCUUGCCCAAUUUUGGUGGUGUUUACGGCGGGGCUGGCUCGGUACCUGGUGUUCAAAAUGCGAUAGAGACUGCAGAUACCGUGCUAUGGAUCGGCAGCUACAGCAGCGACUUCAACACGGGAGAGUUCUCGGAAAGAGUUCGCUCAGAUGUCAUUAUUGAUUUCCAACGUUCGACCCUUCAGAUUGGCAGUAAGAAGCACCCACUCAACUUCAAGGAGGUCUUGAUAGCCGUCACUUAUGCACUUGAAGCUGUUCCCUCGAGGAAACCCUCCACUGAGCUUGUGACAUGGGAUGCAAACGCCUGGGACCACCCCGAAAAGCCCAUCAAGCUGACCCAAGACUACCUCUGGCCAGCUUUGGGUCGCUACUUCCGCUCAAAGGACCUGGUUAUCGCAGAAACUGGGACGUCUUCAUAUGGCAUCCCGAUUGCUAAUCUCAAGGGUAAGGAUUUGAGCUUGUAUAACCAAACCAUUUAUGGUUCUAUCGGCUUUGCAACUGGCGCCUCCGUUGGCUCUUUUGUUGCCGCACGCGAAUCCGGCGAUGUGAAUAGACCAAUUCUAAUCACUGGAGAGGGGUCCCUGCAGUUGACAGUGCAAGCUCUGUCUGAUCUCAUCCGCUUCGAGCUUGGAGCUACGAUUUUCCUAGUUAAUAAUGAUGGAUAUACUGUUGAGCGCUUGAUACACGGCCCAGAGGCCGAUUACAACAAAGUUCCGAUAUGGGAUUACAGCAAGCUUGGUGAACUGUUCGGCCCAGCUCAGACAAAGGCUGGCAAGUUCAAAUAUUACAACGCCAGGACCCCGGAUGACCUGGAAACCAUUUUGGCUGACACGGAUUUCGCGGAAAAAAAUCCUGCAAAUGGAACCACUCAAGUUGUCGAGCUGUUUCUUGACACGUUGGAUCAACCUGUGACGAUUCCUUUGAUCACUAAAGCAAUCGAGGAGUUUAACAAGGUCAAAUGA